AUGACGACGAAGCAGAGCACACUGAAUUUGAAAAACUCCCUCUCUUCUAUGAACACAUAUGGCAAUCCCCAUAGCUCGCCGCUGUCGCCACCAGGCAGACCGGCCAGGCCAUGUGCAAACUGCACAUGUUCCCCGGGCCUUCUGUCAAGGCAAAACCGUAAAUCUUCGCGCUUGUUGAGACAAAUGGAGCUGCGCAAGAGGCCCUCACUGAACGGUAGCGGAAAUGGGUCCAGCAGGGAUUCUGUGUAUUCGUCUGACACCAUAUGCCAAGCCAAAAAUGUAAACACAUCUGAGCGUCUUUUAGAACUGAGACGCAAGAUGGCUAGCCACGAACUGUGCUGCUAUAUUGUCCCAAGCGAAGACGAGCACCAGAGUGAGUAUGUCUCCUUAGCGGAUCAGAGGCGUUCAUUUAUCUCCGGUUUCACGGGCUCCGCCGGUGUGGCUUGCAUUACGCGCGAUCUGCUCAACUUCAACAGUGAACAUCCAGAAGGAAAGUCUUUGCUCAGCACUGAUGGUCGCUAUUUCAACCAGGCUUCUCAAGAACUCGACUUCAAUUGGACUUUGCUCAGACAGGGCGAAGACUCCUUGACUUGGCCCGAAUGGUGUAUUUUAGAGGCUUUGGAGAUGUCUGAGGCGCUAGGAGGUCAAGAAACUAGGAUUGGUAUUGAUCCAAAGCUAAUUAGCUACGAUCAAGUCACGAAAUUCAAGAAAAUAAUAAAUGAUAAGAUGGAAAACGCCCAAGGUCGUGUGUCCCUAGUUCCUGUCAGUGAAAAUCUCAUUGAUCAAAUUUGGGGUCAAUUUGAGGCCGUGCCUGUGAGGGAAGCAAAUGACUUAGUGCUAUUGAGCUCACACUACACAAACGAAUCUUUCAAACAAAAGAGAGACCGCAUUUUGUCAUAUCUGCACGAAAAGCAGCCAGGAUGUAAGACAUUAUGCGUUUCUACUUUAGAUGAGAUAUGUUGGUUAUUAAAUUUGAGAGGUUCCGAUAUCGAGUACAACCCCGUUUUUUACUCCUACGUACUCUUGAAGGGUAGCGAAACUAUUUUGUUUACCGAUGACCCAUAUGAUGAUAAAAUUAAACAAUAUUUCGAAGAAAACCAUAUCACUGUUGAGCCUUACUCCGAAAUUUGGAAUCAGCUAUCCUCUACCGCUGGUGCUUACUCUCAGGCGAGGGAAUCAGUCGCGAUUGCUUCUGGAGCCUCCUGGGAAAUUGUUCGCAAUCUUGCCGACACGCUUUUCAAACAGAUCCAAUCUCCGGUCGAGCUUUUCAAAUCUGUCAAGAACGAGGUGGAAAUUUCUAACGCACAUGCCGCACAAGUGAAAGAUGCCGUAUGUCUCGUUCAAUAUUUCUCUUGGCUGGAAGAUCAGCUGGUUUCAAAGGAAGCUUUGGUAGACGAGUUCAAAGCAGCCUCUAAGCUGUUAGAGAUCCGAAAAACGCAACGAAAUUUUAUGGGCAAUUCAUUCGAAACCAUAUCUUCUACUGGGUCUAAUGCCGCUAUAAUACACUACUCGCCAAGCGAAGAAAAUUCAUCGAUGAUUGAUCCAACGCGAAUUUACCUAUGUGACAGUGGCUCCCAAUUCAUGGAAGGUACAACGGAUAUCACAAGAACCUUGCAUUUCAGCAAACCUUCUCAAGAAGAGAUUCAAAAUUACACUUUGGUGUUGAAAGGCAACCUUGCCUUAGAAAGGUUGGUUUUUCCCGAAGGAACGUCCGGCUACAGCAUUGAUGUGAUUGCUAGGCAGUUUUUGUGGCAACAUGGCUUGGACUACAGACAUGGUACAGGGCAUGGAGUAGGGGCGUUCUUGAACGUACAUGAAGGACCGAUAGGCAUCGGCAUCAGGCCCCAUUUGCAGAACUUUCCCCUUGAGUGUGGUAAUAUAGUCACCAAUGAACCAGGAUUUUACAAAGAUGGCGAGUAUGGUAUCCGCAUAGAGAACGAUAUGUUGGUCCGGAGAGCUGAGGGCCUCCAGUUCGGAGAACGCAAGUUUUUGAAGUUUGAGAACAUAACUUUAGUGCCUUAUUGCAGGAAGCUCAUAAAUGCGAGGAUGCUAACGGCUGAAGAGAAAUCGCAAAUAAAUGCUUAUCAUAAGAAAAUAUGGGCGAGCGUCGUACCUUUUAUUCAGCCCCAAAGCAUAACCUACAGGUGGUUGAAGCGUGAAACAGCAGCUCUAUAA